AUAAACAAACCUACGUAAUAUACCGGAUUGGUUGAGGUCGCAUGUUGCAUGACACUUACGUCUUGUGGAUUGAUUAAUAAUUUUACUCGAAAUUGCGUUUAAACGAUUGCGUUUAAUCGGAGUGCGAUAUUAAAGGACACUAUAAUGUGCAUUUUAAAAUAAGGCUUAAACAACUGCUCCAUUUAGCAUUGUAUCUAAACAGGGUUAACAAUUGUAUACCGGUAAUCAUGUUAAUGCCACUGAAUAACAUUUGGAUGUUCAUUGUCAUCUUCCAUAUACGAAUAGACCAAACUAGUGCAGAUGGACUUGAUCAGAACCAACUUGAUACACUUGCUGAAACCCUAAAGAUAGAAGUCAGGGUCAUUGAUAACCUUCGAAGGGAAGCAACUAAUCACAUUGUCAGAACUACUCUCAGAAAUGAUGGCAGUGAGCCAAUUCCCGCUUCCGGCUGGAGGCUGUAUUUCCACAGCAUGCUCCUCGUAUACCCGGAUGUCUUUCCCAAAAAUAUGACGAAAGAGCUUGACGUUGAACAAGUCCGAGUGGGCAUGGUACAGGGCGACCUUUACUUCCUUGAGCCCAUGAGCGGGUUCAAGCCUUUGCCUGCAGGGUCCGCCAGGAAUUACAACAUCGUUGUCAGUCUGUGGGCCGUGCAGCGGACGGAUUUCAUGCCCCUUUGGUACGUCACGUCAACUAACGUCACUGUUCAACAACGCGUGGUGCGAUCCACUUCGUCAUUUGACCUCGAGUACGUCACUGAUUUCGAUGACGUCAGACAGUGGAAGCGCUGGCGUGGGGAUCGGUACAAUCCGUUCACACCACAGGAGCGGGCAGAACGACUGGCGUACGAUGACAGCAAUAUUGAAACCAAGGUUAUUAUUCCAACACCGAAGUCACUCCAGAUAGACCUCCAAAAGCCCAUGACUUCAUUCAACACCAGCUGGAAGGUGUUUGCAGAAGACAACAUCUUUAACGAUACAGCUCUGUACAUAACAGAAAAACUGAAAAUUCAGCAAGUCUUUUCGAAGCCCAGCGCUUACGUCAUAAUACUGAGUCGUAACAAUACCAUUGGACCUGAAGGGUAUACUUUAAGCGUCGAUGAGAACGUCAUUCGUCUUGAAGCAAGUGACGCGGUGGGAAUGUUCUACGCCGUGCAAUCUCUCAGAAGCAUUAUUGACGGAGCGAGCGGUGCAAACAUCCGUGCCAUGACCGUUCACGACGCACCGCGCUACCGCUGGAGGGGAAUGCAUCUUGACGUCGCUCGAAAUUUUCAUACGAUUGAUGACGUCAAGCGUCUCAUUGAUGUCAUGGCGAUGUACAAGAUGAACGUUCUGCAUCUCCACCUCACGGAUGACGAGGGAUGGAGACUGGAGAUCGACGGACUGCCGGAACUCACCGAGGUGGGUGGCAAAAGAUGUCAUGACCCGCAAGCAAAUGAAUGCAUUAUUCCGCAAUUCGGAUCCGGUCCAUUUGCAAACUCCUCUGGAAGUGGAUUUUUCACAAAAUCGCAGUAUCGCGAACUACUUUCCUACGCAAAGAAAAAUCACAUAAAGGUAGUUCCAGAGUUCGACAUGCCAGGUCACUGUCACGCCGCGGUCGCGUCGAUGGAAAAUCGGUUCAGUAAAACGAAUUCAUCUGAGUAUCGUCUCCUUGAUCCAGACGACAGUUCUACAUAUCUGUCCGUGCAAAAUUGGAAGGACAAUGCCGUAAACCCGUGCAUCAAUUCCACAUACGCCUUCAUUGGCAAGAUUAUGGAUGCUGUAAAAGCCCUUCACGCGGACCUUCAGCCCCUCGAGAUCUACCAUUUUGGCGGGGACGAGGUAGCCCAUGGAGCCUGGGAGAACUCGCCCAGAUGCGCGGAAUUCCUAAAGGCCAACACGCAGUAUAACAUUACUCACGGUCUAAAAAAUUACUUCGUCGAGCGCGUAGCAAAGCUUGCGGCCGAGCGGAGCCUGUCGCUCGGUGGCUGGGAGGACGGCUUUUCGGACGGAUCGGCGCCACUUCCGGCCGGCAACCUCUCGAAAGUGGACCUGUAUGUAAAUCCUUGGAACAACAUUUGGGAGUGGGGCAGCGGCAGUAACGCAUACAAGUAUGCCAACGCCGGAUAUAAGGUCAUCAUGACACAGGCGACGAAUCUCUACUUCGACCACCCCCAGGAGCCUGACCCGGAAGAGCGGGGGCUCUACUGGGCAACGCGCUUUACCGACACACGGAAGGUGUUUGACUUCCGGCCAGACGCCCUCUACGACAACAUCCGGGAGGACCGCAGCGGUAACCCCCAAAGCAAGCAAGACAUCUGUGGCGAAGACAUGUCCAAGUGCACACUUUUGGAGAAACCGGAAAACGUUCUCGGUAUACAAGGCGCGCUCUGGAGCGAGACGAUACGCACGAGCGAAAACAUGGACUACAUGAUCUUCCCGCGGAUUCUGGCGCUCGCGGAACGCGCGUGGCACAAGGCGCCAUUCGAAGAGACGGGCGUAUCGUCGCAAAGUGAUUGGCUUACUUUCGCAAAAGCGCUUGGAGAAAAAGAGUUCCGCCGACUGGAAGCAAAUGGUGUUCAAUAUCGCAUUCCUCCGCCGGGAGCAAGCGUUUCUUCUGACAAAGUAACGGUGACUACAACAUACCCCGGGCUGGGUAUCCAGUACAGCUCGAAUAACGGAUCUACCUGGCAAAAUAUCGGCGCUAACCAAGCAGCCACAGUUACAUGGAACCGAGCCGGAUCGAUUCUACUUAGAGCAUCAAAUGCAGCUGGUACCCGAUACAGCCGUUCCGUUAAACUAUCGAAAGGUACAGCCCCCAAGUGGUCAGAUCAAAAGGACGUAGAUUACAUAGCGGCCAAACUGUCCGUGUUUGUGGAAGUUGUGGACAACCUCGAGAAAGAUGCCGAGGAUUUCAUGACAAUGUCUGUCCUCUUCAUGAACAUCGGUGCACAGAAUAUAACGGCGGGGUCGUGGAAGAUCUUCUUCUAUAGUUUGUAUGGGGCGAAACCGGGAGAGACACUGGCGUGUGGAAUGACGAUUGGGCACGUCAACGGGCAGCUGUACUACUUCGAACCAACGUCAGUCGACGCGUUUCCAGGAAUAAGCACUGGAGCAGUGCUGCGUUGCGUCUACAAGAACCGACGCUGGAUCGUCAGCCGCACAGACAAUAUGCCCAACUGGUACGUGGCGGCCGACGGCAUGAAGGCGCAAAAGUUGUCGUCCACCGUGGAUGAGGCACUGAAAUACGUGGGCCCGUUUAACGCCCCUCAGCAGUGGAAACGGGCCAAGGAGGAUAGAUACGACCCGUACACGCCCGCUGUCAGGUACGAUGUACUGAGUCGACUUCCGUCGCAAAAGCGACCCUUCAAGGUCGUACCGACGCCAGUUGAGUCUACGAUAGACGCCGGCAAAACGAUGAAGUUCGAUCCUUCUACAUGGGCAGUUGAACACUCUGAAGAGUUUGCAUUUGAGAGCCAAUUCCUUAGAGAGUCGUUGAAUAUUUCUCGAAAUUCCAACACCGCUCCCUCUGGGCACAUCCAGUUCGUUAAACAAAGCUCGUCCGACAGUGGCGCGGAUGCGGAGAGUUACGAAUUGGAUAUAAACCCGGAAUCCAGGGAGGUGGUCAUCAAGGCGCCGACAGCCGCCGGAGCGCUCCACGGCGCCCAAACUCUGAUUUCUCUGGUGGAGAACAAUGGCGGGACACUACCUCGAGCUAACUUUAAAGAUCAUCCGAGGUUCAUUUACCGCGGCGUAAUGUUGGACGUGGCUCGAAACUUCAAGCCGUUACCAUGGAUACUGAAGUUCCUGGACGUGAUGUCCAUGUACAAGCUGAAUAAACUGCACCUGCAUCUGUCAGAUGACGAGGCGUGGAGAGUUGAGAUAGAGGGCAUACCGGAACUCACUCAGGUCGGUAGCAAGCGUUGUCAUAGCGAAUACAAAGACGACUGCGUGAUCCCGCAGCUAGGGUCCGGUCCGGACACAGACAAUUCCGGGACUGGCUACUACAACAGGACCGAGUACCAGAAAAUACUGCAGCACGCAAACGAGCGCCAUAUUGAAAUUAUACCGGAAAUAGAUAUCCCCGGCCAUUCUUCCGCCGCAAUUUUUACCAUGGAAACGCGCGAGGACGAAAUCGACUACAAACGUUCCCACGGUCACCAGAACUUAUCGGAGUCGUGGCUGCUGUUCGAUCACAAGAGCGCCCUGAACGUGCUCAGCAUACAGAAGUGGACAAAUAACGCGAUGAACCCGUGCAUGAAUACUACCUACAGAUUUGUAGAGAAGGUGAUAGACGGACUGAUAGCCCUGCACAAGGACGUCCAGCCCCUAAGCAAGUUCCACAUAGGUGGGGACGAGGUGUCCCCUGGGGUCUGGGACGGAUCUCAAGAGUGUCGAAACAACCAUGAUAUACCGAACACCAUCCUCGCCAAUACCGGACAGCUUCAGCGCGUGUUCAUGCGGAGAGUUUCGGACAUCGUCGCCAAGAAGAAUCUUGAUCUUGCCGUCUGGGAGGACGGCGUGUAUGCAGACGACAAACCGAACCCGAUCACGGACUACAAAUCCAAAAAUGUGUUCGUCUAUCCGUGGAAUAACAGAUGGGAUACCACAUUUGCCCGACGACCGGCUGAAUUUGCAGAUGCAGGAUAUAAGGUGAUAUUACCCCUGGCCACGCACCUGUACUUCGACCAGGCGCAGGAACCGGAUCCGGAAACCCGGGGGCUCUACUGGGCCACGCGCUUCACCGACACCCGGAAGGUGUUCGGUCUGAUUCCGGACGACAUCUUCGCAAACCUGGGACCGGACCGGAUGGGGAACCCCGUCACUCUGGAGCAAAUAUGCGGUUCCAGCUCCUGCCCGCAACCCAACAAGACGGAGAAUAUCAUCGGUUUGCAGGCGUGCAUGUGGGCGGAGACGAUGCGCACGGAAGGUCAGUUCCACGAGAUGGCGUUCCCGCGCGUGCUGGCCCUGGCAGAACGCGCCUGGCACCGGGCCGACUGGGAGACGAUGAGGUCACCGUCACGUGACGCAGCGCGUGACAAGGAGUGGGAUGCUUUUGCGGACGCUCUCGGUUACGGGGAGCUUCCUAGGUUGGAGCGAAAAGGCGUUUUGUACUUGGUAGAACCACCAGGAGCGAAGGUCGAGAGUGACGGCACGUUGAAGGCGAAUACGCGCUACCCGGGUCACGUGAUCGAUAUAAUGGACGACAAGAGUCAGACGUGGGAGGAGUUCAAAGAGCGGAAGCUGGCCAACGGUCAAUAUACCUUCAACUUCAGGGUCAGGACCCCGGUCGACGGACGCGUUUCUCGCACAGUGGAGCUGAAAGCAAAGGUGUCAACGUACGUAAAUUCGGCGCAAGAAAUCCGCAGUUUCACUCUUCUGAUUGUGUUUGUGUGUAUGUGGUGUAUGUCGCGUGCUCACGUGUAACGAUUCAUUUGCACGUGUUGGAGUGACUCGUGUCAGUAGCUGUUAAAAAGUUAUCGCUCCCAGUAUGGUGGCCCUUUGAAACAGUAAAACAUAUAUCAUUUUGAUGACAUGUAUGCGAAGCACAACUUAUUAACAUUAGAUACAAAGUGUGCAACAUAAAACAAUCAAAUCCGCAUAAACUCCAAUAUGUUUUGUCUCUUUUUACAGUUAAACUUCAAAAUGGAGUCACAUUCCAACGCUAUCCAUUAAAGUCAUUUAUCAACACAACUAUUUACACAAGAAAAGCUCAAUGUGUAGGUUCAUUCUCACGUUAAGCAUAAUGCAUCUAAAACUUAUACAUACAUCUGUAAUAUAUUGUAAAAUUGUACAAUUUUGUUAGCGAUACACUACAAAGUGAUGGAAAGAUAUUGACGUAAAAACGUAGACGCAAACCAAGUUGACGAUAAGACGCAUGUAUGUGAAGUUCCUAUCCAGUAUGCUAAUUAGUCGCGUUCUGAGAAAACUGGGCUUAAUGCAUGUGCGUAGUGUCAUCCCAGAUUAGCCUGUGAAGUUCGCAGAGGCUAAUCAGGGGAGACACUUACCGCCUAAAUUUGAUUUUUGCUAAGAAGAGACUUUAUUUCAACGAAAAAUGUCAUAAAAGCGGAAAGUGUCGUCCCUGAUUAGCCUGUGCGGACUGCACAGGCUAAUCUGGGACGACACUUUGCGCACAUGCAUUAUGCCCAGUUUUCCCAGAACACGACUUAAAUGUUCAAUCACUGAAUGCGGAAAAGAUAUAACAAAUAUGAAUACUAUGUAUAACGCAAGACCAUACCAGUAAUCUGAAAAUUGUUUUUAUUAAUUUAUCGGAACAGGGUUGAAUUUAUAAUAAUGAUAUUGAUCUUUUCCUUCAAGUUGCAUGAAUGCAUGCUUUUGCUAAAUAAACCGAAUGUUAACGUUUGCACAUAUAUUUUUUGUACAAAUAUCAUGCUUUUUUCUAUUCACUGUUCAUGUGUUUUUUUAUUCUCUGAAUGUAAUGUUUUCCCGUAAAAUCUUAGACGGUAUUUUAUGGUCAACCGUAGAUGUGGAAGUUGCUUUAAGCCUUAUCCUCAAUGUCUUAGUUCGAAAAUCAAUUGUAAGUCCCGGCAAGUGACCCGAUUCAAUCCCUAGCGAAACGGUUGGAUAAUAAAUCUGAUGGAAUUGUUAUAAUUCAUGGACAUUCAUGAACAAAUAACAGCAUAAAAAAUCUUGUGAGGCGGCUUACAAAACGGCCAUCUACCGUUUUUUUUAAAUAAAUGUGCCAGGUGCUUACAUUUCGCUGGUCUUUUAUUUCAUGAAGCAACGAUAAAGCCUUGAUCCUAGAAGGCUGAUUUGUGUUCGUAUAAGUAUGCAUUUACAAUACAUAUUAACAUGGAGAUAUAUAGAACGUUUUUCACUUAUAUAAAUUUUAUUGAAUUCAUUGUUGUAUUGAUGACCUGACAUAAUUCCUUUCGGACAAAGCCUCUUCUGCACAAUUUUACAUACAUCUCAUGACAUUUUAAUACUACGGCUACCCGCCCCAUUACAAACUGCAAUAUUUAUAAUUGAGUCAAACUGUUCAGGCCUAUUUGGAGAUAGUGUCCACGUAUUGCAUCUAUAUCAAUGUAAGGAUUUUUACGUCCACUUACGUAUUUUUAACAGAUUGAAGCUAUUUUGAAACGGGCGUAAAAUAAUUCGAACCAAUGUUUUAUUUUUCAUAUCUAUUGUACAAAGUCAAAAUACAGACAUAUAGUACGACUUAAUAAAAGUUAAGUGUU